UGGGCUGCUAGAAUGGUGGACUCAUGGGGUAAAAGUGAUGACGGCAUCAUGUAUGGGAGAUUUUUCUACGAAGGAUCCUAUGACGAGUGCAUGUCGGUUGCUUCCUCUGAGCAGGACAUCCGUGGGAAAUACUGCCGUAUAACGAUCAGAAAAGAGAAACUCGCCUCAGGAACGAGGUCGCCGAAGCUAUUGCCUCCUUGGUUUGUCCAUCGGCCGGAAGUACGUAUCAUUCCAGGUGCGGUCGAGGGUCUCGAGGAUGAACAAUACUUCAGAUAUAGCACUUGCAUCCCAAGCAUUUGCUCUCACCAGGACCUUUGGGAAAGUCUGAACGUGACAUAUUCGGAGUUCAAUAGCACGACAGUGAACUUGAGUUGCAAAGAAAUAGAUUCAUCUGCUGCCUUGAAUGCGGGGGAUUACGCCUACAUGAUUUGUGGAUGGAAUUCUUUCCCACCCUGUUUGGCAGCCUUUGAGCCGCUUAACCUAUAGCCUUUACCUUGUCGCCCUUCCUAUGCAGAGUGCUAUUACGUUUACCGCCAGGACACACUUCGUAUUUUCUUAUAUAAGUAAGAUUUUCGAGACUGCAGGUGCACUGUUCAUAUCAGGUGUCGUGGCUGUGCUAGUUUCUCUAUCAGCAGAGUCCCCUGUCCUCGGCCUGGAGAAAUUGCUGUUAAAACGUACUGCUCGGCGUGUCGAUCGAACGGUUGCCAAGACAACAGACGAACUCUUGCCAGAAGACCAGAUUGACACUAUGGGCAAGAAGGAUUCAAGUGAUAUUGAAAUGGAUAUUGAAGGAAAUGACAACAAAUCCUUUGCCACUGAGGUGAACGAUACUAAUUUGUAGUUCUAGUUACAUGAUUGCAAUUCAUACUUGUGAGAUACCAAUAUUGUACGCUCGUGUUUUAUGAACAUGAUAUCGAGGUAUUAAAUGGUAUUGAGCAAUCAUAUCUGCUUAUGUAGCAAACUCAAUGAACAAAGUUAGUUCGGAGCAGAAUACCUGUCUGUGAAUGGUUUUGUGAAUAAAGUUUCUGUGAUUGUCAAAA